AUGGCAAAUAUUGAAGAUAACCAGGAGCAUGGGUGGAUAGAAAAAGUGAAAUCAGAAGGUUCUGUUCCGCUGCUUGAGCCAGAUAACUGCCCAAACGGUUGGGCUUCUCCUUCCGGAGAUGUUUUCCAGGUUAGAGGGCCAGAAUACUUAAAGACAAAGGCUAAGAUUCCUGGUGGUGAUUAUCUUCUUAAGCCUCUUGGUUUUGACUGGAUUAAAGGACCAACAAAGGUUUCAGAGCUCUUAAAUGAUACAAAAAGUCGAGUUAGGAGAGCUCUUGAUGAUGAAAUUUCAAAGGAUUUGAGAAAGCCUUUCGUAUGGGCUUUCAAUUUGCAAGUCCCAAGCAAGGAAAACUACAGUGCUGUUGCAUAUUUUGUGGGUAUGGAACCAAUACCCGAGGGCUCAUUGAUGGAUCAGUUCCUAAAAGGGGAUGAUGGAUUCAGGAAUUCAAGAUUAAAAUUGAUAGCCAAUAUUGUCAAAGGCCCUUGGAUUGUGAGAAAAGCAGUUGGAGAGCAGGCUAUCUGCAUUAUUGGCCGAGCAGUUACUUGCAAGUAUUGUUUAGGAGAAAACUUUAUUGAAGUUGAUAUAGAUAUUGGAUCUUCAGUGGUUGCAAAUGCAAUUGUUCAUCUUGCAUUUGGUUACAUAACAACACUCACUGUUGACUUAGCUUUUCUUAUCGAAGGCCAAACCGAAUCAGAGCUUCCAGAACGAAUCUUAGGAGCCGUUAGAUUUUCUGAGCUCAAUACUGCUUCAGCAAGACAAGUUGAACUGCACUCUGAGAAGAGCAUGGAGAAUUUGCAGUCAUCACUUCCAACAAGAUUUUGGAAAUCACUUGGUCAGGGCUUCUCCCAACUUAUUAAGCCAGUAGUGCAGAUGUCAACAAGUUAUAGGUCCUUGUCGCCACUGAUAUCACAUUUGAUUCCCAUUAGAAGAGAUUAA